AUGGUGACUAGCUUCCUCCUUGCUGGUACCGCAAGCACCGCCGGCACCAUCCAGUGGCACAUGGUUAAGCACGCUAUGGAACCAGACACACUACAAGCUAGGGUACAGCGCGAAAUUGACGAGGUUAUUGGCCGAGAACGGCAACCAACGUGGGAAGACCGACUGCGCAUGCCUUUCACCAUGGCGAGCGUGUGGGAGAUGGACCGCUGGAAAACAAGCACGCCGCUAGGCGUACCACGAGAAGCCUCCGAAGACACCGUUGUGGACGAGUUCUUCAUUCCAAAAGGCACCGUAAUUAUGGCGAACUUCUGGGCGGCGCAUUUCGACUCAAAGUUCUGGAAGGACCCGGAGAAGUUCGACCCGACACGCUUCUUGAAUGAGGACGGAACACUUAUGGCGCGGAAACCUGAAUGUCACCUUCCAUUCUCCUUCGGAAAACGCACCUGCCCCGGCGAGAUAUUGGCAACUGUCGAGAUAUUCCUCGCCGUGACGUCACUCCUUCAACGAUUCCGCGUUCUCCCAGCUGGCAAGAUGCCUUUCGACAUCAACAGCCCUUCUAUACUGUCUGGUCACGUGCAGUACCUCAAGUUGCGGUUCUUAGACCGGCACCAGGGCCUGUAAGCGCUGAAGCUGGCGACGUUCAGUUGGGAUAGUUAUUGGAGGAUGCUGUUACAGUGUUGCAAGCACGUCCACAAGAGAAAAAAAGGCGCAGAGAAGGGUGGAAUCCAGAAGCAAUGCGGAUCUCAAAUCGCGUCUUUUUUCCACAUAAUCUUUACCUUGUACUUAUCUCGUAUUCUUCUUCUGUCAUCUA